GCUAACGGCCCAGGUGUGUCUGCGUCAGCGCCAGUCCCACUGUGAGCUAAGCCGCCAGCGGGAGCUGAAGGGGCGUUGCCGGGGGGACCCUAGAAGCUGGGAAAUGGACUCGGUGGCCUUUGAGGAUGUGGCUGUGAACUUCACCCAGGAGGAGUGGGCCUUACUGAAUCCUUCACAGAAAAAGCUCCACAGAGAUGUGAUGAGGGAAACCUUCAGGAACGUGGCCUUCUUAGGUAAAAAAUGGGAAGAUGAUGACAUUGAAGAAAACGAGGGAAGAAAACAAAAAAGUCUUAUGUUAGAAAAACUCGGUGAAGGGGAAAAUGGUAGUCAAUGUGGAGAAAACUUCAGCUUUAGUCCAAACCUCAGUCUAAACAAGAAAACACUUUCUGGACUGAAACCAUGCAUAUACAAUGCAUGUGGGAACGUCUUCAUGGAUCAUUCAUCCCAUAAUAGGCACGUCAGAUGUCAUGCUGGACGCAAGCCCUCUGAGUAUCGGAAAUAUAAAGAGAAGCCAUAUAAAUGUAACAUAUGUGGGAAAGCCUUCAGUUAUCUUCAGUGUUUGGAAAAUCAUAAAGGAACUCACAAUGGAGAAAAAACCUGUGAAAGUAAGGAAUGUGGGAAAACCUUUAGUUCUUCAACUUCAUUUCAAAUUUGUGAGAGAAAGCACCCUGGAGAGAAGCCUUAUCAGUGUGGACUCAGUGGAAAAGCCCUCAGAAAUUAUCCAAGUUUUCAAAGCCAUAAAAGAAGUCAUACUAAAGAAAAACUACAUGAAUGUAAAAUAUGUAGUAAAGCAUUCCAAUAUUUCAGUAAUCUUCAAAUACAUGAAAGAACGCACACUGCAGAAAAGCCCUAUGAAUGUAAGGAAUGUGGAAAGGCUUUCAGAUCUUGCAGUUCUUUACUACCACACAAAUGGGCUCACACAGGAGAGAAACCCUAUGUAUGUAAGGAAUGUGGAAAAGCGUUCAGAUAUCCUAGGUCCUUGCAAACACAUGUAAGGUCUCACACUGGAGAGAAACCCUUUGAGUGUAAAAAAUGUAGUAAAGCAUUCAGCGAUAUCAGUUAUCUUCGAAAACAUGAAAAAACUCACAGCGCUGAGAAACCCUAUGAAUGUAAGAAUUGUGGAAAAGCCUUCAGAUCUCCCCGUUACUUAAAAUCACAUGAAAAGAUUCACACAGGAGAGGAACCUUAUGAAUGUAAGGAAUGUGGAAAAGUCUUCAAAUCUUUUAGUUAUUUACAAACACACCAAAUUUCUCACCCUGGAUGCAAACGCUAUGAAUGUAAGGAAUGUGGAAAAAUCUUCAACUAUUACAGUUCCUUACGAAUACAUGAAAUAUCUCACACUGGAGAGAAGCGCUAUGCAUGUACAAAAUGUGGUAAAGCACUCAAGUAUCUAAGUAAUCUUCGAAUACAUGAAAAAACACACACUGCAGAGAGACACUAUGAAUGUAAAGAGUGUGGAAAGGUCUUCAAAUCUUAUCGUUCUGUACAAACACAUGAAAGAACUCACACAGGAGAGAAACCUUAUAUGUGUAAACAUUGUGGUAAAGCCUACGUUUCUCACAAAUCCCUUCAAAGACACAUGAAAAUACAUCUUGCAAUAACACCUUAUCAAUGUAAGGAAUGUGGGAAAGCAUUCACUCGCCUUAGUUUGUAUCAAAGAUACGAAAGAUUUCAAACUGGAGAGAAACCCUAUGAAUGUAAGCAAUGUGGUAAAACCUACACAGAACACAUUCUCUCCAGAUGGGAAUAAACUCAUACUAAACAAACCUACGAAUGUAAGGAAUAUGGAAAAGCCUUUGUUUGUAACAUACCCCUUUGGAAUCAUGGAUUGUGAGUGCACAGUGGAGAGAAACCAUAUACAGUCAAACUUUGGUUCUCAAAUGUCUUCCAUCUUGAACAAUUCAGUUCUCAACGAAGUUAUUUACAGAAAAAUGUAUUCCUUGUUGCCCUGGCCAGUGUGUCUAAGUGGUUAGAGCCAUUGGCCCACGACUCAGUGGCCUUUGAGGAUGUGGCUGUGAACUUCAGUCUGGAGGAGUGGGCCUUAUUGGAUCCUUCACAGAAGAAACUCUACAGAGAUGUGAUGAGGGAAACCUUCAGGAACCUGGCCUCCAUAGGAAAGAAAUGGGAAGCUUAUGACAUUGAAGAUCAGUACAAAAACCAAAGGGGAAAACAAAGAAACCCAGUAUUAGAGAGAAUCUGUGAAGGGGAGAAGAAUAGUCAAUGUGGGGAAAACUUCAGCCUUACUCCAAAUCUCAGUCCAAAGAAAAAAUCUCUUCCUACAGUAAAACCAUGGGAAUACAGUGUGUGUGGGAAAGUCUUCAUGCUGCAGUCUUCCCAUAAUAUGCACAUCAGAAGUCACACUGGAAACAAGCCAUCUGAGUGUCAAAAUCAUGGAGAAAAGCUGGAUAAUUAUGAUGUAUGUGGGAGAACCUUCAGUUAUCUUCAGUGUUUUGACAAACAUGAAAGGAAUCACAAUGGAGAAAAAGCCUAUAAAUGUAAGGAAUGUGGGAAGACCUUUAGUUCUUCAACUUCACUUCAAAUACACGAAAGAUCCCACACUGGAGAAAAACCUUAUAAAUGUAAACAGUGUGGUAAAGCAUUCAGUCGUCUCAGUUCUCUUCGACGUCAUGAAAGAGUUCACACUGGAGAGAAACCCUAUGAAUGUAAGGAGUGUGGAAAAACCUUCAGGUAUUAUCAAAAUUAUCGAAGACAUGAAAAUAAAUUUACUGGAGAGAAGCCCUAUGAAUGUAAGGAAUGCGGGAAAACUUUCAGAUGUUAUCAAAGUUUUCGAAGGCAUGAAAGCAAUCACAGAGAAGUGAAACCAUAUGUAUGUAAGCAAUGUGGUAAAACAUUUAGUUGUCUCCGUUAUCUCCGCAAACAUGAAAGAAAUCACACCAGAAAGAAACCCCAUGAGUGUAAAAUAUGUCGUAAAGCAUUUAGGUAUCCCAGUGAUCUUCAAAAACAUGAAAGAAAUCACACUGGAGAGAAACCUUUUAAAUGUAUGGAGUGUGGUAAAGCCUUCAGUGAUCCCAGUUCCUUGCAAACACACCAAAGAACUCAUAUUGGAGAGAAACCCUAUGAAUGCAAGGAAUGUGGCAAAGCCUUCAGUUCUCAUCAAUGUGUCCAAAUACAUGAAAGAAAUCACACUGGAGAGAAACCCUAUGAAUGUAAAAUAUGUAGCAAAACAUUUGGUUAUCCCAGUUCUCUUCGAUAUCACAAAAGAACACAUACUGGAGAGAAAUCCUAUGAAUGUAAGGAAUGUGGGAAAGCCUAUAGAUAUCUCAGUUCCUUACGAAUACAUGAAAGAAUUCAUACUGGAGAGAAACCUUAUGAAUGUAAGGAAUGUGGGAAAUCCUACAGAUGUUAUCAAAGUUUCCAAACACAUGAAAGCAACCACACUGGAGAGAAACCGUAUGUGUGUAAAAAAUGUAGUAAAGCAUUUAGCUGUCUUCACUAUCUUCGAAAACAUGAAGUAAGUCACACUGGAAAGAAACCCUAUAAAUGUAAAAAAUGUAGUAAAGCAUUUAGGUAUCCCAGUGAUCUUCAGAAACAUGAAAGAAAUCACACUGGAGAGAAACCCUUUGAAUGUCAGGAGUGUGGGAAAGCCUACAGAGAUCACCGUUCCUUACAAACACAUGAAAAAACUCACACUGGAGAGAAACCUUAUGAAUGUAAGGAAUGUGGGAAAGCCUUCAAAUGUUAUCAAAGUUUUCAAACACAUGAAAGAAAUCACACUGGAGAGAAACCGUAUGUAUGUAAAAUAUGUAGUAAAGCAUUUACUUGUCUCCGUUAUCUGCGAAAACAUGAACGAACUCACACUGGAGGGAACUCUAUAUAUGGAAGCAAUUUGGAAAAUUCUUCAUUUCUCACACAACCUUUCAAAAUCUGAAGAUGAACCUGAGAAAAAUUAUAUUAAUGUGCACAAUUUGCAAAAGG